CUUGAUUUUAUUAAGCGUGAGGUAGAGUCCCUUGCUGGGAUGCUGUAUAUAAGAGCGAGGAGAAAGUGUUUCAGCCACACUCUGGAUCCUCUUUCUCCCUCUGCUACACUCUGAACAUAAGGAUGGCCAAGGCAGCAGCAGCAGCAGCAGCAGCGUGGUGCCUCGUGUUAAUGGCGGCACUGGUGGCAGCGGAGGCAGACCCCGGUUACCAUAACAGAGGAAGGCUUUACUAUAAACGGCCUUAUUACAAGCGCCCCAGUUUUUACAGCCAGAGGCGACCGUACGGCAGUGUGAGUCACGGAUCUGUGCAUUCUGGGGCUUUUGGCAGCCACUCCUCUCUCGACCACGCCUCUGUCGGGCACCUCGGCGGACAGCCCGAAAUCCACACCUCUGUGGGGCAUGACAGCCACGUUGCCACCGACCACGCCUCUAUCGGACACCUCGGCGGGCAGCCCGACAUCCACACUUCUGUGGGGCAUGACAGCCACGUUGCCACCGACCACGGCUCUGUCGGGCAUGGUAGCCACGAUACCAUCAGCCACGCCUCCAGUGGGCCAGACCUGGUGAGCACCGUGGACCUGCGCUCCCAGCCCAGUCACUCCACCGAUGACUUGUUCCCGGGCCUGCAGUGAUACUACAGUUUCAACAAGUACAAACCAGCUGCUGGACACGACGGCUGCAGCGACUGGUGUUACUCCUCUGGUGCCAGCCUGUACUACUGCUACAACGAAGCACUCCACUAAGAUAACAACAGGCAGCAGAAGACAGCAGUGUACGAAUACUGCUGCUGUUACGGUAGCCAGUACGAUAUAAAAGUAAAAUGCAGUAAUCACGGACAUCUUCAGGGACAGUAACAAUACCAGUGUUGAACCUCACAAGAAACACAGCGAACAAAGGCAAUAAGUCGUGUUGUCAACAAACCAUUAGCAAAGCAGCACUACAUCGGCUUCAACAUGUUAUAUGUCACAUUGUUCCUUUUCAUCAUGGCAAUAGUAUAUUUUUAUUUUUUUAAGAA